CGCAAAUAAUCCAUGUCACCUCCAUGCAGCCUGCAAUUGCCAUUUGGUCUCUUUUGAUCACUCCACUUCACUUUCAAAUCCUCGGUGACGGUCCCAGGUACCCGAAUCAUAAGCGUGAUGCCUCCUCUCACUGCGACGCCCAAGCCGAUGGAGCCGGUCAUGGUAGCGCCUAGUGCCAGCGACGCGUGGCUCAAGAAGGUUUUCGGGUCUCGAGAGCGCCCUAUGGACGUGAAUCUAGAUGCAAGUCGACGCAAACCAGUGCGCUCCACUGUCAGUGAAGAUAACGAAGAGCAUAGCUACACAGAGGAACUGAUGAAGUACAUCGCCGAAUCCAAUGCCAAUCUGAGCGCUGGCGAUGCAGAGCUUCUCGGUGAUUCGGACAAUUCCGAAGAACAGUGCAGUGACAUAUUCGACAGCGACGCUGAUAAUGAAGACGACUAUGUUGAGCCGCCUGUAGAAGUUCCGCGCAGUUAUCGAGCACAAGACCUCCAAGGAGGCAUGCUAGUGGGCGGCAACUGCGUGCUUUUCACCAACUGGGCGUUCAAGCGUGAACUGAGGCGAAGAAGAGGCCUCGCUCCCGUUCCAGAACGCAGAGAUGCAGGUGAAUAUGAGCUACCUUCGAAUGAAGAAGAUAGAGCGAAAGGAGUGUAUUCCGGCAAGAUUGUUGAGUUGUAGUGAAAUCUGUAAAGUAAAAUCCGAAUAUGAGUGGAAGAAUCGUUAUGUAACGCGAACUGAUGCCAGAAUUUUGCCUCCCAAAUGCGAACUCAAUCGACUGCAAUAGUGUCCACUGUGUCUAUCGUAAAGAAAUGUUAAAGCUGUAAGCAACGACGAUAACAAUGAUUGGUUUUGAGGAAC